GCAGUACCAGCGAUUCAGCGAGACGCGCAAAUUUAGCGAGAAGAUGCAGGAUACGAUCUAUGCGCUGGACCGGGAGAUAUCAGGACAGAUUGACAAGUUGGAACAGACAGUGCGCGACCUGCUACAAAUCGAAUUUGCGUGGGUAUCGAUUAACGAAGCGCAUCGGUCGACCAGUCUGGCGACGAGCAUGAAGCGGUUGAGCUGGAUUACGGUAGGUCAAUCCUGGCUUGGGUGCGCGAUGCUGACGGGAGCAGUUUAUUUUCCUCCCACUUACUUUUGCCUCGAGCUUAUUCGGCAUGAACGUGGAUAUCCUCAAGGACGAUCCGUCCUGGCGCUGGUACCCGCUGUUCGGGGGGGUGCUACUCUUGCUGACGGUGGCUGUGUGGGUGUCAUCCAAGUUUACCAACAUGGAGCAAUGGGUUGAGACAUGUGCGGACCGAAUUGUCAACCGGAGACGAGAAAAGGAUGGUUUACAGGGAGUGUGGUGAUAUGCUGUGCUGAUACUAUGUGCUUACAUAGUAUCAGCGAUGUGUUCCAUUUAUGAGACCUUGACUCGAGACGCCAUCCCUACGAUAAAUCACGAAUGAUAAAUCAACCCUUUUCAAAUAACAGCUCCGAUCUUCUGCAUACAGCACUAUUUAUUUGCAUCUCUGCCAGUUUCAGACAUACGCUCAGCAGUGGUCCUGCAACCCCACCCCGCAGCCU